AUGGACUUUGGACUCCUCCGUCUCGCUUCCUGGCUCCGUAUCUCCCCCAUUCCAAACCCUCAGCGGCGCCUUCCUGUUUGCUAUCCUCGUCCUUGGGGGCUGGGGGAGUUACAACAUUCUUCGUCUGCGUGUGCAGCAUUUUGGAAAUAUACAUCAAUGGUUACCAUCGUGACCACCAUGAACACCAUGACCACGGUUACCAUCGUGACCACCAUGAACACCAUGACCACGGUUACCAUCGUGACCACCAUGAACACCAUGACCACGGUUACCAUCGUGACCACCAUGAACACCAUGACCACGGUUACCAUCGUGACCACCAUGAACACCAUGAACACCGUUACCAUCAUGAACACCAUGAACACACUGAACACGUUACCAUCGUGA